GAAUGGCACGUGGAAGAGGAAGAGGAGGUGGGCUGGACUUUGUUCAGGAGGAGUUUCUUCUUUUUUUUGCCUUUUUUUUUCUACUAGUCACCUCACUUACGUGUGUGUGCGUGUGCGUGUGCGUGUGCGUGUGCGUGUGCGUGUGUGUGUGUGUGUGUGUGUGUGUGUGUGCGUGCGCGCGUGUCCUCCCGUCAGCCCCAGGACCAGAACCAGGACCGACGCAUCCUCAUCUUCCUCACCAUCGUCAUCGCCACGCGUGUUGGGCCUUUGGCGUUGGAGAUGCUGGGCUCGGUGAAGAUGGAAGGUCAGGAGGCUCCGGACUGGACUUGCUUCUACAGCGACGAGGUGUACUCCCCAAUGGCGGCAGGCUUGGGAAUGAGCUCUGUGUCCAGCUACAUGUCGGCCGGUGGCGGGGCGGCAUCGGCCUCCUUCAAUAUGGCGUAUGGAGGGCCCAGCAUCAGCCCCGCCCCCGUGUCCGGAAUGGGGGUGUCCUGCCUGGGCAACGGCGGCAUGGGCGGAGCCAUGAGCCCGUGCGGUGGUGGUGUGGGUCAAGCGGCGGCGGCACAGCAUCACCACCACGCAUACGGCGGCGUCAGUCCCGGGGCCCAGUAUGGGGGCGGCGGUGGCCUACACCUCAACCGCGGGCGCGAUGCCAAGCCGCUGCGGCGCAGCUACCCGCACGCCAAGCCGCCAUACUCGUACAUCUCGCUCAUCACCAUGGCCAUCCAACAGGCACCUGGCAAAAUGCUCACCCUCAGCGAGAUCUACCAGUGGAUCAUGGAGCUUUUCCCCUUCUACCGCAACAACCAGCAGCGCUGGCAGAACUCCAUCCGACACUCGCUGUCCUUCAACGACUGCUUUGUCAAAGUGUCCCGCUCGCCCGACAAACCCGGCAAAGGCUCCUACUGGACGCUGCACCCCGACUCCGGGAACAUGUUUGAGAACGGCUGCUACCUGCGCCGCCAGAAGCGCUUCAAAUGCGACAGGAAGAACUUGGCGGAGGGCAGGAAGGAGCGUAGCAGUGGCACCGGCAGCGACUCGCCCUGCAUUGAUGUCCUCAAACCUCCGGGCCUUGCGUCUCCGCUGGCCUCGUCCAGCUGCCGCUCCCCGCCCGGCCCAGAGGGCGCCAAGCUGUCGGGCCCCCACCUGCUGUCUUCCCUUUCCCUGCCCCCGCCACACGGCUUGGAGCUGAAGGGCGAUGCCCACUACGCCUUCAACCACCCCUUCUCCAUCAACAACCUCAUGUCGUCCCCCGAGCAGCACAAACUGGAUCUGAGGGCCUACGAGGCCCUGCAGUACUCGUCCUACAGCGCCGGUCGGGGCGGCGAGCCACUGGAGGUUCCCUACUACCAGGGGGCUGCCUGUCCCAGAGCGCUGCUCAACACCUCGUAGGGAGCCCCAAAAUAUGCGGGGUGACUUCAAACUGCCAACUUGAAAGAGCUGCGAGCCGGGGAACGCCCUUCCUGCCUUUUCCUCACCUUGUUUUAUGCCUUUCCCGCCUUUUGUCUUUUUCCUACCUAACCUAACCUAACCUAACCUAACCCUUAACCUAACCCUGACCCCAAACCAAACGCCUAACCCAAACCCCUAACCCGACACCAGGGGCUGAGAUGUACACCCUCAAGACCCUGGACCCGGAAAACACCUCCCCGGCGGCCCGGUCCAGUCCAAUGGCCACUUGACACGCUGCCCUUGGGCAUCAUCCGCUUUCCUCCCAGCCCUCCCACGUGUGAAUCUAAACAGCGACGCCCACUCCACCUUCAAUCGUGCUCUCUGCAAUCUCACUUCGCUCCUCGCAUGGCGGUGACCAAGAUGCAAGGGAAAAGCCGGGGAAAUAUGGACAAUGAAACCGGGCAGAAGUGGUUGCGAUGCAGGCGAUUGCGGGAAAAGCAUAUACCAAUAAAGUCGAGUUGAAAGGUUGUUUAUGCCACCGUGAGCCGUAUGGAAGGUAAUGGCAAACAUCUGCAAGGGUCAAAGGUCAGUCUGUCUGACGUUCAUGUAAAAUUCACGAGGUCAAAGUUGAAGAGAAACGGUGACCUCAGCCUGCCACGAUUUGAUGAUGAAAUGAAGAUUGUUACGUUUGCAAGAUGCUGACAAAAAUCGGAAAGCGAGUCGGAAAAUGAUAGCAGGUUGCUUUGGUCUUUUGUGCAUGUUUUAACUUAUUCCUUUCAAAAUAAAACAGCAACG